AUACUUACAAGUUAUUUCAUAAUUAAAUAUUUAUUAUAAAAAAUGAGGACUAAAAAUCCUAUGGCUAAAAAGCCACAGCAGAUUCUGUUUUCCAAAAACACAUACAGUCACCCGGUUAAGGUUGAAAAUUGGGAUUUUCAAAUACACGCAGAGAAACGGGACAAUUACGUAUACCGCGAUCAGUUAAGUAAUCACCUGAGCACCUACAACAGGUGGGGUCAAGACCUAAACAUCUGGAAAACGGAAACUGGCCAUAUGCUGGAACAAGUCUUUACUAAAACAAAUCCGAUAUACUCUUUCAAACCUUUAGUCAAUUUUACUUCUUAUCCAUGUACUGAUACCCCUGGAAGAAAUAAGUUGAUGAAAAAUGCAAACCUGGCUCAACUUCACCCUGAAUUUGGUGUUAUGGAUUAUCUUUCUACGCAACAAGAGGACUAUAGAAAUCCAAACGCGACUAUCGCUAAGCCGCUGAUGAUGGCGUCUCCCCCGUGGCUGAUGAAUCGAGUGAUACGAUCGGAUCUUACGCAUAACCAUGGAACUGCGCCUCCGAGAGGAGACUAUCAGUGUUUGGACACCCACACGCCGAUUGGUCACAUACGGGAAAUGAGACUUUUCCGUUACCAAUCUUUUAACCCAGCUACAUGUAUUCAAGAUUUUCCAAAUGUUGCUUCACAACUUAAAAAAUAAAAGAAUUUUUAUUUUGAU